CGAAACCCUAUUCCCCCCACCCAAGCACCCCUGCUACUUCCUCGGAACUCGAUUCUCUCGCAAUCCUCCCAUCCCCGGAUCCACAUCUACUGACGGUGUGUUCCGGACGCUAUUCCUUUCGCUGUGCCCCAGGUCUGUAGCAGGGGAUCUGUGCAAUGGCUUUCGCUAGUAGACUGGGAAGUGUGCUGAGGAGGACAUCGGCGUCCUCGAAUUCGUCGCUGCUCCAGGCAGUAAGAUGCAUGUCUUCUUCCAAGCUUUUUGUUGGAGGACUAUCAUAUAACACUGAUGACCCAUCUCUGAGGGAUGCCUUUUCUGGCUAUGGGGAUGUCCUUGAAGCGAGAGUCAUCAUGGACAGGGAGUCUGGCAGGUCAAAGGGUUUUGGAUUUGUUACUUACACAUCAAGUGAAGCUGCAGCGGCUGCCAUCAGUGCCAUGGAUGGCAAGGACCUUCAAGGACGAGUGGUAAAGGUGGACUACGCCAAUGACCGUGCUGGUGGAAUACGUGGGGGUGGAUACGGCACUGGAAAUUACGGAGGUAGCGGAUAUGGCACUGGUGGAUAUGGCAGCACAGGACAUGGAAGUGGCGGUGGUGGAUAUGGAGGCAAUGGUGGUGGUUAUGGAAGUGGAGGGCAUGGCAGUGGUGGGGCAUAUGGUAGUGCAGGAUAUGAUGGUUACAGUGGUGCAGCUGGUGGCGGUGAGUAUUCUAGCAUCCCCAACAAUGCAUCUGCUGGUGGAUAUGGCAGUGGCGGAAGCUACAGUAUCCCAAGCAACUCGGAUGGAAGUACUGGUAGCUAUGGCGGUGCUGGUGGGGGCGGUGAGUAUUCUAGCAUCCACAACAAUGCAGCUGCUAGUGGAUAUGGCAGUGGUGGAAGCUACAAUAAUGCCAGCAACUUGUCUGGAAGUACUGGUAGCUAUGGUGGUGCUGGUGGUGUUGGUGAGUAUUCUAGCAUGCACAGCAAUGUGGCUGCUAACGGAUAUGGCAGUGGCGGGAACUAUAGUAAUGCCAGCAACUCGGCUGGAAGUACUGGUAGCUAUGGCGGCGCUGGUCGUGGUGGUGAGUAUUCUAGCAUCCACAACAAUGCGGCUCCUGGCGGAUAUGGCAGUGGCGGAGGCUACAAUAGUGCCAGCAACUUGGCUGGAAAUACUGGUAGCUAUGGCGGCACUGGUGGUGGCGGUGAGCAUUCUAGCAUCCACAACAAUGCAGCUCCUGGCGGAUAUGGCAGUGGCGGAAGCUACAAUAGUGCCAGCAACUCGGCUAGAAAUACUGGUAGCUAUGGCGGCGCUGGUGGGUACAAUUCUCCCAACACCUAUGGCACCAGCGAUUACAACAACGGAGGUGGCAGCAAUGCAGUCUUCAGCGGAAGCACUGGUGGGUACAAUUCUCCCAACACCUAUGGCACCAGCGACUACAACAGCGGAGGUGGCGGCAAGGCAGUCUUCAGCGGAAGCACUGGCGGUUCCAGCAGUGGAAAUUCUGGCUUUGUUGGCGGCAAUUUCACAGGAAAUGUGAGCAGUACUGGCAGCUUUGCUCGAAAUGUUACUGAUACCAGCAGCCCCCAUGGCACCAGUUAUGCCAGAGGAUUCGGUGGCGGCGAGACUACUGGAGCUACUGACAAGGUACAGUACAGCCCCAAUAGCAACAGCUAUGCAGGAGGGUUUGGUGGCGGUGAGACUAUUGGAGCUAACAAGGUACAGUACAAUGGCCAAGACGAACUUCUGGGUGAUGACUUCUUUGAGUCGGAGGAGCGUCAGGCAAGCAGGUCGGCAUAAGCUCUGGUGUCGCACCCUUGCUUAUUGCAGUGAAGCAUCCUGAGCCAAGGUAAUCAAUAAUACCUGGUGGUGCUUCUUACAGCACAUGAAACACUCUUUGUGGGUAUGUUAAGAAGUAUUUAGUUAUUCUGCUUUGGUUUUGCAUGCUAUUUUGAGAGAAGUAAUAAGAGAUGGACAGAUGGUGCUUUUGGCAACGAUUGCAGUUUUAUCUUGUAUUGAGAAGGAAAUGCCUGGCAGCCCGCUGAUGGCAGUGACCAUAUGUCACCCCAGAGCAUGACCAUAUGUCAGGUUCAUCAUGUUGUGUAGGUGUCAUUCUAACACAAUAAUGCAUAGAUAAUCUUGUAACAUGA